GCAGCAGUCGGCCGUUGAACGUCAGCGGCGCACAGUUACACUUAUUCUGCGCUUCAUUCUCCUCUGGUCGCAUAUAAUCAAGCAUCGGAACGUACACAUUCAAUUAAGUCAGUUCGUUGCGUAAACAUCAGUGAGAUCCCGGAUUUCGUUCGUGAGUUUUACUCGCAAAUAUAAAUAGUUCGACAGAUCGUCGCACGGUGCUUCAUUGAGUUUAGUGAGAAAAAAUUCUCUCGAUAUGAUGUACGUGAUCGUUUUGUCGGGGAUAGUCGGCGCCUUGGGUCUCUAUUACUUCCUCUUCAAAAACAUAAAUGUAUUCAAGAAGCAUGGCAUACCGUAUAUUCAGCCGCUUCCCUACGUAGGCAACAUGGGAUUGACGAUUCUGCGUAAGCAGUCCUUAGCCGACGUCAUGAAGAAUAUAUAUAACGUGCAUCGCGAGGCCAAGUACAACGGUAUGUUUGACUUCACAUCUCCAAUAAUAUUGCUACGCGACCCUGAACUCAUCAAGUCUAUAGCGCUCAAACACUUCGACUCGUUCCCGAAUCAUCGCUCCUUCGUCACAGAAGAUCAAGAUCCGUUGUUCGCAAAAAACCUCUUCGCCCUAAAAGACAACAGGUGGCGGGAGGUGCGAACCAUGCUGAGCCCGGCUUUCACUUCCAGCAAGAUGAAGAGCAUGUUCAAGCUGAUGUCGGACUACGCUGCUGACUUCGCUAAUUUCGUAGCGCAACUACCGCCGGACCAAAAGGUGAUACAGACGAAAGACAUCUUUACGCGGUACACCAACGACGUAAUCGCCACCUGUGCCUUUGGUGUCAGCGUCGAUUCCAUGCGAAACCCGAAGAACCUCUUCUAUGUAUAUGGCAAAGAAGCGACUACUUUUAACAUUGUCUCUUUCUUUAAAAUGUAUAUAUUUAGAAUGUUGCCGUCGGUGGCAGCUCUGCUUAGACUAAAGUUCGUUCGCAAUGUGAUCGCGAAAUUCUUUUACGACCUUGUGGACACCACCAUCAAGACCAGGGACGAGAAAGGUAUCGUCCGACCUGACAUGUUGCAGCUGAUGAUGGAAAGUAGGGGAAAGAAAGAAGGUAGGAACGAAUUGACGAUCGAGGACAUGACCAGCCAGGCCUUCGUUUUCUUUUUUGGCGGCUUCGACAGCACGUCGACGUUAAUGUCUUUCGCUGCACACGAGAUUGCUGUGAAUGAGGACGUGCGGAAGAGACUGCAGAACGAGAUAGAUCAAAUACUGGAAGACACGAAUGGCGAAGCACCGUAUGAAGCGGUCAACAGCAUGGAAUACUUGGACGCUGUGAUAAACGAGGCUCUCAGGAUGUAUCCGGUUGCCGUAGGAACGGACAGAGUAUGCAUAAAGGAUUUCGUAUUGCCGCCGACGUUACCGGGUGCGAAACCUUUUACCGUGAAGAAAGGGGAAGCCCUAAUGAUUCCAGUUUUUGGGCUUCAUUAUGACCCUAAAUAUUUCAAGGAGCCGGAGAAAUUUGAUCCUGAACGGUUUCUCGGCGAACAGAAAAAGGUCAUCCAUAACAGCGGAGCGUAUCUCCCGUUUGGCUUGGGCCCCAGGAUGUGCAUAGGUAAUCGAUUUGCCCUGAUGGAGACGAAAGUGUUACUCUUCCACAUGUUGGCACGUUGCGACCUGCUACCUUGCGAGAAGACAUCAAUGCCGCUCAAAUUAGCCAAGGAUGGUUUCACCAUGAAGCCCGAAGGUGGUUUCUGGUUGAAAGCAGUGCCGAGAAAGGAGCUACAUCGCUCCGUAGCAAUUAAACCUGCGAACGGCACACGCGAACUGUAGAUAUUUUUGUUGUUUUCUCAAAUCUUGAGAUAUAAAUGUUAUAAAUACAGGAAACUUUUGUGUUUAUUAUAAUACAUAAUCCAUGCUAUUGAGAUAAUACGAUAUAUAAUAAUAAAUACGAAACGAAAAAUUUAUUCACGUAUCUUGCGAUUUAGUGAUAGCAGGAAGAUAGUACAACAUUCAGAUAACUAAACCGUUUUAUACAGAUUGGCGAGUAAUGUUAAAUGUAAUUUGAUAAUUUAAUGAACAGUAAGUUGGUAAAUAUUUACUUGAACAUAGCAAUUUUUUUCAGUGCAGCUCCCUGAUAUUUCUAAUUCGCAAGGUUUGUCAUUAAAUAAAAUCUUUUCCUUCCAAUUUAUUUAUUUAUGUUUAUAUAUGUGUAGUAGAGAUCGCAGUUAGUUAAUCAUAGAAAGAAGAUGACAUAUCGCUUAUACCUCUGUUAUUUUCCAUCAAUUUGUAGAAUCAAACAAGUGGGAAAUGCAAAAUCUUCUUUCACACGUAUGACAUAAUUUACAUUUCAUUAUAUGCAACGAUUAUAAAGUUAUGGUUUUGAACUAUAUUUUUAGCAGUAAAAAUAAAAUUGCAUAACCUUGUAAAUUUAUUUAUAUUAUUGUGAGAUCAUAAGCAAGAUGAGAAUCGAAAAUAAUAGAAGUCAGUCACUAGCACGGAAAUCGCAGCACGCAACGGCUUGACGGUAGCGUGCGAAUCUCAGCCAAUGGGAACACAGUAUCCGGGAGCCACAGGACGAAUGUCAGUUAAUUGCCUGCGAGCGUCUGUUCGUAUAAAGAAGCGCAUAAGAAACAUAUUUCUAUCCUAGCAUCCGUUAAUGUUUUGUAUGCUUGUGAGUCGUAGGUUUCAAUAUUAAACAUUUAUAGUGUU